GAAUUACUCCACUACUUCAGGCCUCCCUAUAGUGCGGUCGCUGCUGAGUAAAGUAAUUUGUUAGCUGAUAAUCUAAACCCCCUCUAAAACCCUAGGACUCUCCUACUCGCUCCCUCUCUCUAGAAUCAUCCACCACCACCACUGUCACAGCAUCGCCGCCCAUGGCGCUCUCCUCGCUCCGUCUCCGCCGAGCCCUCUCACUCUCCUCUCACCUCACCAAACCCUACACACUCUCUGCUCCAUUUCCAGCGAUCUCCGCCCCGCCCCUUCUCUCCUCCGCCACCACCAUCGCCCCACAAAACCCUAGCCUCAACAAUCACCUUCCGUUUCAGUCCAGGCUCUUCCGAUCGUCCACGGCGCUGCUCUCGUCAUCCAGAUUUAGACCAAACAACAACAAGUACGACGACGAUAUCGGGCCAGACACGGUCCUGUUCGAGGGGUGCGAUUACAAUCACUGGCUCAUCACUAUGGAUUUCCCCAAGGAUCCGGCGCCGACUCGCGAAGAAAUGAUCGAAACAUAUCUGCAAACCCUAGCCAAAGUCGUCGGAAGUUACGAAGAGGCAAAGAAGAAGAUGUAUGCCUUCAGUACGACAACUUAUCAAGGCUUUCAGUGUCUGGUGACGGAGGAAAUGUCUGAGAAAUUUAGAGGUUUGCCUGGAGUCGUGUUUAUUUUACCAGAUUCUUAUAUUGAUCCGGUGAACAAAGAGUAUGGAGGAGACAAGUAUGAGAAUGGAGUCAUCACACCUAGACCGCCUCCGGUUCAGUAUGGGAGGCCAAGACCAAGAUAUGACAAUAGACCUAGAGAAUUUAAUCCAAACCAGCCGAGGCAACCAAUGCCAAACCAGCCAAGGCAACCGGUGCCAAACCAACAACAUGGUCCAUCCUUUGGAGACCAGCGACCGAUGUAUGGGGAUGCAAGGAAUUUCGAACGACCACGAAAUUCUCCAAUGCAACCUAUAUAUGGACCACCUGGCGCAGGAGAUAGAAGAGAUCCUAUGCCAUCGAAUGACGCUCCUAGGGGACGAGAUCCAAUGCCUUCAAAUCAGGCCACUUACAACCAAAAUGAGCAAGGAUAUUAUAACCCCCAAGGUGGAAGAUUUCAACCAGAGCAAAGGGAUUCCAGAGUAGAGAACAAAAAUUAUGCACCUCCACAAGGUCCACCCUACGGGCAUGGAUCGGGUGGGAGUUAUGGUCAAAUUGCUGAUGGUAAUUAUGGACAGGGUGGAGGAAAUUAUGGACAAGGAGCAAGGUUUGAUUACAGCCAAGCAGGAGGAACAAAUUAUAGACAGGCAGCACAGGGAAAUUAUGGACAAGGUGCAGGCGGGAAUUAUGGACAAGGUGCAGGGUUUGAUAACGGCCAAGGAGGAGGAACAAAUUAUAGACCAGCAUCACAGGGAAAUUAUGGACAAGGUGCAGGCGGGAAUUAUGGACAAGGUGCAGGCGGGAAUUAUGGCCAAGCUGCAGGCGGGAAUCAUGGACAGGGAGUUGGUGCAAAUCACAUGCAAGAAACGGGUCAUGGUUACGGGGGGAAUAGAGAAGAGCAUAGGUUCGAGCACAUUCAAGGAGAGCAAGGGACCUAUGCACCGAUGGCACAUACUGGGCAAACCAAGUGAGAGAUGUUGACAAGAUUUGAGAACUUUGAGAUGAUGAGAUGAAAUACAACUCCACAUUCUACUUGUGUCUCUGCGCGCGAGUGUUUGUGUCAAAACAACAGACCAGAAGACUUUCUAAAGGCCGGCUUUGGUAAAUAGUCGUGUUACUUGUCUUUCUUUGUAGCUAGUGGGAUUAUGAGCUAUAAUGGAUUUUGUUCCAGGAGUCGAUAUAUGUUAGUAGUCUUGUGAAUUGUUUUGUUCAUUUAGAUCGUGUUGAUUUUGAUGUGCCUAUGUCGCCUUAUGAACCUGGAAAGUCAUUUGAAACGAGAUCGUCAAAUGGUAUCUAGUUCUCAAGUCAGACUUUUGACCCGAGAGGACGUGCUAUGAAACUGCACGUUACAGGAUAAACUUAAGCUCUCUCAGUUUAAUAAAGUUAUUGAUAGUAUUGUGAAAA